AGAAACGUUGCUAUGGUUUUUGAUGUUGUACACAAAAUAUAAAGAAAAUAACCUGCAAAUAAUUAUUGAAAAUGUCAGAAAAUCAUAGUUUAUUACCGAGAAUUGAUAAUAACAGAGACGAAGAGAGCUCCUAUGAUGAAUUAAGCGAUAAUUCCAGUUGUGAAUCUUAUUAUUCGGAUUCAGAAAGUUCAAUUCCUGAAUGGGAAUCAGCAUUAGAUCAAUCAGGAUACCUCCUAUUCAUCGAUUGUCACCCAUUUACAAAACAAACCUCAAUAGAACCAAAAGAAGACAAUUUCGUAAAAGAUAAGCUUCGACAAAGUACCCGAAGUAAAUUUUUAAAACUGUUAAGACGCCGCGAUAGUAAACGUCGCAGUAAACGAUAUCGAAGUCAAGAUACCUCUCAAGAUUCCAGCUCAGCGAGUAAAGUCACUUUUCAAGAUUACGAACACGGCGAAGUAAAAAUUGUUAAUGUUUUUUUAAAUCAUGAUGCUCGAACGGCUUUUGGACGCCGAUCCACUUUAAUUGAGAAUUUAUUGGGGAUUACAGUGAGUCCUUUCCCGAAUAGUAACCGAGUUAUGGUUGCGGGAUUGGAGAAACAUGACAAAAUUAAAAUUGGGGAUUGGUUGAAAACAAUCGAAAACAUAGAGGUUAAUGUAAAUAAUAUAAAUAACGUUUUGGAGCAAUUUUCAAAUAACGAAACCGUUUUGUUACAUUUACAAAGAGUAGCGGCGGUUGAAAUUACGAAUCAAUCGUUUUUGAAUAACAAACAAUCGAAAUUUGUUUACAACAUGUUGAAUUUUGAUGAAGAAUCCGUUGAAAAUUUAUGGAAUUUGCCAGUUGGGGUUUUGAUGAUAAACACGAACAACUUAUCCGAAUCUGAUUCGGAAUUUCAAGAUGUUGUUUACGCCUUUCCGAAACCGUUUAAACAAAACCCGUUAAGUCAAUCCAGGGGAUUAUUUAUUACAUUGAAUCAUUUAUUAAACGACAUCACAAAUUCAAAUCCCCAAAUAACGACGUUUUUAUAUAAAAACACUUUAACUCAUGUUGUUUACCAAAAUUACGAUCGAAACGUUUUGUUGUUUAUGUUGCCCGAUCGUGGCGCGUCAAAAAGAGAGAUUAAAUUAAUUCACGCCGAUGUUAUAAGAAAUCUUGAAUUUACCUUUGGGUCAAUUGAUCGUUGUUUUUCUAAUGAAGAAAAUUUUAAGCGGUUAGAUCACUUUUUCUUGUUGUUUUUCCAAAGGAUGUUGGAAUUUAACGAAAGAAGUAAUUAUUGUUUUGAAAAUUUAUUAAAUGGUGUUGCUUAUAUGUCGUUACCAAAUGAGGUGCAAAUGCAAAUCGAUGAUGCUCUCACAGAAAUGGAGGCGAGUGAUUACAGGGAUUGGAAUGAAGAACCGUUGGAUUGUCAACGCUUAUUUACAAUAUUAGGGAGCGCUUUGUACCACAACGGUUAUCUUUUAGCAUCCCAUUUCAUGCACGACGAUCUAAAAGACAUCCAUUCCUACUGCCGACAACAAAACUUUUUUAACCUCCUCGAAACCGAAUCAGUAAGAUCUUUAAUACAUUGGAGAGAAGUCUUUCCUACAUCAACAAACCGCGCUCAAACAAAAAAACUUCUCGACGAACGUUGCUACAUUCUCAUUAUCGCAAACAACAAAGAUUUAUUAACUGUUAUAAUGGAAGCGGGGGGUUGCACAGAACCGCCAGAGGACAACAUGGGACCCGACGCGUUUUACGUUGAAGAAGUCGAAGCGACUUUAUCGCAUAUUCAAGAAUUGGGGGUACAAGAAUUCGCUGAAAGGUGGCUUAAAAAAAAUACGUCCUCCACGUUAUUCGGCGACGGCGUAUCUGACGAAAGAAAAAGCGAUUACUUAUUUGGAAAAUUAAAACCAAACCAAAAAAAAACCGAGGUUACCUCAAUUUUAAAAAGGCGCGCUUCCGACUUGGGCUUAUCCCAAACGGGAUCUGUGUUUUCCCUUUCACAGGAAGAUGAAUUUUCUGAGGAUUCCGUUAGUCAAGAUGCUUCUUAUAGCGAACGAAGCGAAUUGAGCGAUGAACCGGUGGUUAUAGGAAGACGAGCUGUGCGAGAAAAACGGACCAAUUUUUACGAUGAUAACGGCGAUUCAGACGUUGACGAUUACAGAGAAGGGAGUCAAUUAAGUACCGGAAGUUACGAUCUAUCCGAACUACGCCAAGCUUUACUCAUUGAAACUGAAAGUACUCAACCGGUUUAUAUAGGUGUUGGAGAUCCUAAUGUUUUGUACCAUUAUGUACAAUUCGAUGAAAUCGAAGGGGUUUUAUUAAUGUUGCCAAAAAUGGCUGGUUCCAAUCUAUUUAUUGAUACUAUUAUGGAUAAUUUUCGAUGUUGUUGUUUGAGGAUUAGGAAGUUGUUUCAAAAUACUUUGAGAUUUAAGAAUAUGUCAACUCAAGAUAUGGCUAAAUCGUUAAUGAAUAAAACGUUAAUUGCAAUAAAAGAACAUGGAAUUCUGUUUGAAUAUAUCCAUGAAGGUUUAAAUACAAAAAAAUCCUACAAAACUACUUAUUGGGUUGUAGGAAGGCUAUUUUACAUGCCAUAUCAAAGGGAAUUAUACGUUUGUUAUCAAGAUACGAUUCCACAAAAUUUAGUCGACAUGGCGUUUAAAUUGGGUGCGAAUUAAGUUGAUAAUAAAAUUGUUCAAUUCAAGCACA